CCGCUCUCGGAUCCUCUCUGGUCUAGACUCUAGCAGAGAGAAGCUAGACACACAAGCUAGCUCUGACUCUAGACUCUAGAGUUGAGUUUUGACGUGAUGGCGCUUUAGUCACUGGUCACAUCGAGACAUUCGUGACGGACAAGUGUUUACGACGCUGUCGAAAUCAAGAAAAUAAAUAAAUUGAAGUUUUAAUUAAUAUUCCACUUAACAUGCCGAUCUUGGACAAGAGAAAAGGGGACGAUAUUCUGGCGUUGGUCCCCGCUUCGAAGAGGACCAAGAAUGAGGUCGUCUUCAGCAGCAGAGAGAAGGCGGUUGUGCAGAGCGGCCCACCACGAACGUCCUCCCUAAUGUCGAUGAUAAUGCUGCUCGAAGGGCACCAGGGAGAUAUCUUCUCCAUAGAAUUUCACCCGGAGGGACAGUAUCUUGCGUCUACGGGAUUCGAUCGACAGAUCUUCAUCUGGAAUGUUUACGGCGAAUGCGAGAACAUUGGCAUCAUGACUGGACACAGCGGCGCUGUGAUGGAGCUGCACUUCAGUCCGGACGGCAAUCACCUGUACACGGCCAGCACGGACAUGACGCUGGGUUUGUGGGACAUAGUAGCUGGCACGCGAAUUAAGAAGCUGAAGGGCCACACCUCGUUCGUAAAUUCUGUAUCAGGUGCGCGGAGGGGACCUACGCUGCUCUGCUCGGGCAGCGACGACAGCACGAUUCGUGUCUGGGAUCCGAGGAAACGGGGUCAGUGCUACACGUUGAACAACACGUAUCAGGUCACUGCGGUAACGUUCAACGAUACGGCAGAACAAGUGAUCAGCGGUGGUAUUGACAACGACAUAAAGGUGUGGGAUCUUCGAAAGAACGCGGUACUUUACAAACUGAAGGGACACACCGACACGAUUACCGGAUUGAGCCUCAGUCCCGAUGGAUCUUACAUACUUUCCAACGCCAUGGAUAAUACGCUGAAGAUAUGGGACGUAAGACCGUUUGCGCCUUACGAGCGCUGUGUAAAGAUACUAUCUGGACAUCAACAUAACUUCGAAAAGAAUCUUCUGAGAUGCGCAUGGUCACCGGACGGUAGCAAAGUAUCAUCAGGAUCGUCGGACAGAUUUCAUUACGUCUGGGAUACCACAAGUCGUAGAAUAUUGUAUAAAUUGCCGGGGCACAAUGGAUCUGUAAAUGACAUUGAUUUCCAUCCAAAGGAACCUAUAGUGUGCUCGGGCUCGAGCGAUAAACAAAUCUACUUGGGUGAAAUCGAGACUUAAUAUCACAUGGAGAAUUCCUAUUUAAUAUAUCUAUGUAUUUUUAAAAAAAUAGAGAUAAAAAGAGAGAGAGAGAGAAUUAA